CUACUACCGUGCCUGUGAGCUGGGUUAGUAGUGAUGUUUGGACAUGGCAGCGAUCAGUGAACAGCAGCUGCUCCACAACUCAACACACAGACAAACAGGACCGAGCUGAAACUCUCCCCUCUCUUCACAAAAAAGAAGAAGUGCCAACACCCGCCUCAGUUUCCACACUGCAGAUCAGUUCACAGCCGGUUCAUCAGGUUUCACCGCUGUGGUCAGUGCUGUGGGUUCUCUAAAGCAAACUUCAAGCUGGGGACACCGUAAAUGUUGACCCUCCUGAGCAGAACUCAGUCUGACUAGUCACCUGUGUUGGCUGCAGCCGGCUGAUUCACCAAUGCCUCGAUGGAAAGCGUUCUUCAGUCAGUACUUGCGAUGGUCCAGCACCGUCACUCAAGCCUUCGUCCUGUGCGUCGUCACGUUCUGCGUUGUUCUUCCUCUGUGCUGCCAUCAGCUGCUUUACUCCUACUUCUUCAUCAGGUCCAUGUACCUGGACUCCAUGAGUGAGGAGGUCCUGCAGGAAAGUCUCAGCCGGGGUCAGGACGCCCUGCGCUUCUGGCAAAGCGCUUCCACCACCACGGCAGCGGCUGCAGCGUCUUCCAGACUCAGCGACAUCGCCCAGCAUCCUGAGCUGCUGGUUACUGUGGUGACAGCCAGAAGGAAUGAGGGGCGGGACUUCCACUACCUGCUCCAGGUGAUGCGGCAGCUGAGCGGCAUUGUGGGAAGCUGCGGGGAGCGGCGGUGUGCAGAGGUUGUGGUUUGUGAUGUGGAAAGCGGUCCUCAGGAAAACCAGGACGCCAAGCUGCUGGAGGCCCACUUUAAGGUGAUCCGACGUUCCCCUCAGGAGCAACUGAAGAACCGGGAACAUAUCAACACCUUCGAGAGGGAGAAGAGGGAUUACGUCUUUUGUCUUCGUAAGGGAUGGGAGCUCGUGAAGCCCAAAAACAUGGUUGUCCUAGAGGAUGAUGCUUUGCCAAGACAAGAUUUCUUCACGGUUGUAAAGGACCUUCUGUCACGUCGUUUUGCCUUCCACACCCUUUACAUCAAGCUGUAUCACCCUGAAAGGCUGCAACGCUACUGGAACCCGGAGCCUUACCGCAUCCUGGAGUGGGUGGGGCUGGGGUUGGUGGGAGCAACGGCCCUCCUCCUCACCUUUCCUUACUGGAACCCCUGCUCUUUCUCCUUCACGCUGUCAGCCGGCCACCUCAUCUUCUUCACCCUCUACUUCAUGGCUGCUGCGGAGCUGCUGGGUCGGCACUAUCUUCUGGAGAUCCGGAGGUUUUCCCCGCAGCUCUACGCCGUCUCCCCGGCCACCGAGUGUUGCACCCCAGCCAUGCUGUACCCUGGCAACGCCUCGCUCAGGGUGGCUGAAUAUCUGGACGGGUCAUUCUGCAUCAAGGGAAACGCCAAGGACAUGGUUCUGUACCACAUGGCGAGGACGAUCCCCGGGGAAAGGUCUCACAGCGUUGAACCCAACCUCAUCACCCACAUCGGGGCUUAUUCCUCGGUCAGGGCCAACCCAUCGAGGCCCAAACUCCUCUGACAGAACCAAGAGGAGGUGGAUAAGCAUGGAUUUAAUCCAGUUCCUCUUCACUUGGUUCUACUUUUCUUUUCUGCCACCGUCUGGACUCUUCAGACAUGUGAAGACAUCGCUCAGUGAGUAUUGGUUUGGUGAUUUGCAGGUGAAAAGGUGUCAAGGCGUCAACAUGAAAACUAGGCUACGUUAGGUUGAAAUAUUUUGAAGGUUCCAACUUAUUUUUCAUUUCAGUGAAGCAGGUUCAGUAAAGGACAUGUCUCAACUGAAGUUCAGUUUCAACCAAACUUAGCCUGGUUUUUGGACUUUUCUGGACUUAAACUACCCUCACUGAGCCGUGUUUUCAGUUUGUGACCAGGCGUCAUAUCAUCAUGCUGGAUAACUGAAGCGUUAGGUGCUUCUGUUAAUGCUGGGUUAAUUCUUCUGCCUGGGUUCAUGAGACUCUUUUCAAACCCAUCUAAUGCUGCCUGACUGCUUCAUCGUCCACUUUUAAAAGAUACAGAUUAUUAAGAAGGUAAGAUUAUUGAAGGAUUUGUUCACUGUUCACCCAAACCUCGUUAAAACUGGGGUGGAGUUUUGAUAGCAUUUUAUUGAAUCUCUUCCUCCACAAUUUGAGAAGUGGUUUGCAGAAAUCAACUUACCAGACCACAGCUAAGUAUAACCAUGCAUAUCAGGAGUUCACUUUUAUUGGGUUUAAACAUUACAGAGACUAUCAGUCAGGCCUUCAAACACCAGGGCGGGUCUCUGUUCAGACAGUGUUAUCUCCUCUGGUUGCAAAACAGGACUUGUGUCAGGUUGUAGUGACUAGUUCUCUUUGCUACAUUCAUUCGGGAAACAGGAAGUUGUUGCAAGGGUACAGUUGACGAACAGUGAACACAUCUUUUAUGGCGACUAACCUUGAGGUUAGAUGAAGUCAAAGUCUUUACAACCAGGAUUCACUGAGGAUGUGACCCUCUGUUUUGUUUUUAUUUCUGUUCUGGCCUUUUAUCUUUAACAGUUGUGUUUUUGUACAAAAUUUUGAAACACUAAUGAGUCAUGUGGUUACAUCAUCUCUGUGGUCCAACCUUACAGUAGAAUACAGUAGAGCAAUAUUUCACUGUCACAGUUCUGCUGUUGGAGAAAUGACUGCUAUGACAGUACCUCAGAGUUUAUGUGAUCUACAGAGCAGUGACACGACCAAACCUCCAACACCUGGGGAGUUUCCCCAAGAACCUUUACAGGAGCAGUCUGAGAUUUUACCUAAAUCGACCACUCACUAUUUUAUUUACGUGGGAGGGAAGGUAAUGACGGGAAAGAUUGCUAUGUUUACGAUUUGUGAGUGUUCACAAACCUGACAACCCCAGUAUGAGCUAGGCUAGCAGUUUCCCGCCACUUCCGGUCUUUGUGCUAAGCUAGGCUAAUCACACUGUGGAUCUUUCUCACUCACAGAAAAUAAACUGGCUCUGACUCUGAAGAUGACAGAGAGCAGGAUUUACUAAAAUGUCAGACUGUUUAUAGAGUGGUGCAGGACUGAGUCCUAAAUCCUUGAAAUAUGUUAGCAUUUUAGCAUUUUAGUUAGCCGGUUCCCUCGUCCCUGAGUCAAUAAGGUCUGUAGUUUUAACCACAGACCUUAUUGACUCCAGGCAGAACCAGGCUGAUGCUAACUUCAGGUUGGACUACAGAAACACAUCAUCACUGCAGGACUCUAUUUACCACCAACCUAGCGUCUCACUGACCACUCUGAAUGUGCCUUCGAUGUUUCAGACUUUGAACAUCAGUAUCACCCAUGACUCAGUUCUGGAUGAAUUUUCUGUUACAAUAUUUGGGUGCUCUUAAUUUGCACAUAAUUGUUUGUUGUAAUCAAAUUACAUGAAUACUGUAAGAAUUACAGGAAGUAGCUGCCAAAGUAAAACCAUCAGGCCUAUGAGAGUUCCAGAGACUGCCACUGAAAUUACACCAGAGAUAAACCACUUCCUGUUAUCAGCUCUAAGCCGCCAAAUUAAGAGUUUGAUUCUCAGAUUUAAAUUACAACCGUGGUAGAUUAUGGAUUAGUGCUUAUUGUGUAAAACACAGUUGGCAGCAAGAAAAAAAAGUAACAGCAUUUUUUAAAGGGAGUUGACAUCUUUAUGCAGAAUAUUUUGAAUCCAGAACAAAAGUGGAUGAACGGAGUUUAAAUAACGAAAUGACGACAUAUUUAUUAGACUGUUUUAAUGAGGAAUGUUCUGCUUCCUGUCGUGUUAAAGGAACAUGACGAAAGGAAAAAAAAAAGGUUUUUAUUUUAUUUACACAUAUUUUAGAGGAACAGUUUGACAGUGGCAUCGUUCCAGGAUUUUCCCAAAAACGUCAAACUGUUCCUGAGAGGAAACAUAUCAGAUGUUCAUUGAUCAUGUUAUGCUCCAUAUUAGCAUGUGACAGACAGGUCUGACCUCCACCUUUGUUUAGUAGGAAGAUAUGCAAAAUUAAAAUAUAUAGAGAGCAAAAAUAAUACUGUUAAUAAUGUGGAAAGUCAGUUUUAUUUAUUUUUUACCUCCAGAUCACAAAUACUGUUGUUGUUUUGAGUGAUAAUUUAAAAAAUAUCAGACAUGAACGGCAGCAUGAGAUUAACUUAAAGAUGUUUAAACUGAGCAUCUUCACUAAAAUUAAAGAUUGAUUAUUGCUGAUGAAACAUAUCCUCUUUGUUAAAGGGAACUGCUGCUGAUCAAUUAACAGUUUGACAACUAACCAGAAGAAGAAUCUGCAUUUAACUAAGAACUUUAUUUUCAGUGUUGGCAGCUAAAAAGGGCUGUAAACAUGAUUUAUUAUAAAUGGCUGACGUCAACAUUAAAUUGCACUUUAUUAAAAAAUAUACAGUACAAUACGUACACAUAUAAAAUAAGGAAAUAAACGGUUAUUUUCUGAAAUGAAUGCUGAAAUGUAAAGGAAAGAAAAAAGUAAAAACAAUCUGUAUUAUUAAGAUAAAUGAUGGCAGCAGCUGUAAAGAAUGAACAGCUCCAGUGUGUAGGCAGAUAUUAACAUAUAAACAGAAAUAUAUCUGUUAGCUGUUUCUUUGUUUUCCUCAGUUUUGCUGCUUUCUGAUACUGAGAACUGACAAUAUUAAUAUCUAAAAUAAAACUUAUUUAGUCAAGGGUUUGGUUUAAGUUUGGUUUGGGUUUUGUUCCUGUCGUACAUAUAGGAUUUUACUUCAUAUUUAAUCAUAAAGUAUUGCUGCGUCUGUCCUUCAUUCAGUGCAAUAGUCAUUUAAAUUUACUUAACUUUGUGUGACGUUUGAAUGUUUUACUCUUUAAUGUUUCUCAUGUGUUUUCUUUUCACUUCAGUGAAAAACACUUUAAAGAAUAACUCUGGUAUUUUUAACCUGACACUUAUUUUCCCAUGGUUUUGGGGUGUAAAUGAUUAAUAGGGUUAAAAAUCUUUGGGACUGAGACAGAACGGUGACGAUCAUGAACAGCUGCUGUAAAAUUAUCAGUUCACUAAAGUUCUAACCAGAAACAUCUCUAUAUCUCUCUACCAGACUCCAUUGACAAAAACAGGGAUUUAACCAGGAGCUGCUGGAAUACCACUGCCUCCAUCUGUUAGUGUGUCUGUGUUACUGUGUGGUACUUUUACUUCAGUAAAGUAUCUGAUUACUUCUUCCUCCACUGACAGUCACACAGUAACACAGACACACUAACAGAUGGAGGCAGUGGUAUUCCAGCAGCUCCUGGUUAAAUCCCUGUUUUUGUCAGUGGAGUCUGGUAGAGAUAUAUAGAGAUGUUUCUGGAUCUUCCUCUUUAAUAAAAAGCUCUGUCUCUGUAGGAAUCCUGUCAUCAUGCUGUCAGACACUGAGAAGAACAAUCAGGUUCAAAAACACCAGAGUUGUCCUUUUACAACAUUUAAGAGAUUGAAGAUUUAUCUGAAGCUGGAUUUUAUUUCUUUUUUAUUUGACUUUAUUUUUACAUUUUGGCAGAAUAAUUCUCUGAAAUGAUCCCUGACAUUUUAACGUGUAACCAACCAAAGGCUGGUGUUCUCUUGAAUGUGACUUAAGAUGGAAAAAUGCUCAAAUCUGAAAUUUGAAAACAAAGGAUUGAUUUUACUCAAAUAAGGUGUGAAGAUGCAAAUGAAAUCUUUUCUGUUUGUAGAUCACAGUUUUGGAUUUUGACACGUUGUCCUGUUUACACUGUGACUCUCACUGUUUUCUACAUUUAAAACACAAUAAAUCACCGGGUUUGAAGCCG